UUUCCAAAGAACUCAAGAAAUCCAAGUCCAGCAAGAAUAUCAGGCACUUCACAGAUGUGCAUGGGCUGCCUUGCAUUGAGAAGCUUGUGCGCUCAGUGGAGGAGACUCCUGAGCCCAUCAGCACCAACAUCACUGGAACCAUCCCACGAUGGAUCAGUGGGAACUUUCUGAGAAAUGGACCGGGAAAGUUUGAGAUCGGAAACCAAAUGUUCAACCACUGGUUUGAUGGUAUGGCUCUGAUGCAUCAGUUUAAAAUAUCAAAUGGACAGGUGACGUACAAGAGCCGCUUCUUGUCCAGUGACAGCUAUAAGUCCAAUAAGGAGCACAACCGCAUUGCUGUGUCAGAGUUUGGGACUGUCACCAUGCCAGACCCCUGCAAAAACUUCUUCCAGCGCUUUGUGUCCAGAUUUGAAUUACCUAAACCCACAGAUAAUGCGAAUGUCAGCUUUGUUACCUACAAAGGAGAUUACUAUGUCAGCACGGAAACCAAUGUCAUGCACAAGGUGGAUCCUGAGACCCUCGAGGCAACCCAAAGGGUGGACUGGACCAAGUUUGUUGCUGUAAACGGAGCCACGGCACACCCUCACACUGAGAAUGACGGAACUACGUACAACAUGGGGAAUUCCUACUCGUCUAAAGGAGCAUACUACAACAUCAUCAGAGUGCCCCCGACCAAGAAAACAGAUGGAGACACUUUGGAGGGAGCUGCAGUGCUGUGUUCGAUUCCCUCAGUGGACAAGAGUAAACCCUCCUACUACCACAGCUUUGCAAUGUCUGAGAACUUCGUGGUGUUCAUUGAGCAGCCCAUCAAGAUGGACCUGCUGAAGAUUGUGACAGGGAAGCUGACAGGGAAGAGCAUCAGUGAUGGUUUCUUCUGGGACCCAAAAGGCAGCACCACAUUCCACCUGGUUAACAAACAUACUGGGACGGUGAGCCCCAUCAAGUAUAUUGCCCAGCCAAUUUUGACCCUUCAUCAGAUCAAUGCCUACGAGGAGAACGGCUUCUUGAUCAUUGAUAUGUGUGCCUCAGAUGAUGGCCAGGCUAUCAACAACUACAAUGUCCAGAACCUGCGGAAGUCUGGAGAAGCUCUUGACGAGGUAUAUAACACCAUGUGUAGAGUCUUCCCCCGACGUUUUGUUCUGCCUCUCAACAUGGACCAGCACACACCGUACAAACAGAACUUAAUUGACCAGAUCAGGACCACAGCCACCUCUGUAAGAGUUGGCAAGAACAAGGUGUUCUGUACCCAUGAGGACCUUCAUGGAGAGGAUCUCCAUCAGUACGGAGGUCUGGAGUUCCCUCAGAUCAACUAUGGCAAAUACAACACCCGCCCAUAUCGCUAUUUCUAUGGCUGUGGCUUCAGACACCUCGUUGGAGAUUCCCUGAUCAAGAUGGAUCUCCAUGACAAACAGAUGAAGGUGUGGCAACAUCCCGGGCUCUAUCCCUCUGAACCAGUCUUUGUACCUUCACCUGAUGCUACACAAGAGGACGACGGGGUUGUGAUGUCUGUGGUCAUCACUCCAAAUGAGGACAAGAGUACAUUCCUGCUGGUUUUAGAUGCCAUGACUUUUGAGGAGUUGGGCAGGGCCGAGGUUCCAGUCAACAUCCCCUAUGGCUUCCACGGGACAUUUAAUGCCCAAGUAUAGACGAACCUCCAACCCCACAUAAAGUGCGGGUGAUAAUGUCAACACUACUGUAUAUAGAUGUUAUAUGUACCAUUAUGUACCGUUUGACUCAACGUAAAUGCACAUUUCAAGUGUAAUCAGUUUGUAUUUCUCGACUCCGAACAUGUCUGUUCAUGUUUUCUGUUAAAUUGUUGUGUUUAAGACUUUGAAAGUUGUUGUAAAAAAAGGUAUUUUUUUCUGUAUUUUUCGUCCAAUA